UUUCAAACUGAAAGGAUUUGUGUGGUGGAAAAUGAACAACAGAAUUAGAGACACCGCUGCUUUAGAAAACUCGAAAGCUGCAAAUGGUGGGCGGGCCCUUCCCAUCAUCAAUGCCGUUGUUUGGGCAUCAAAACAAACCCUAAACCUAAAGUCUAGUCUUUUCUACAUCUACAGUUUGUACAUGUACCUUUGUUUAUUGCCCAUCGAAGGGAGUAGUAGCACAAGUACCAUCUCUGUCCCUGUAAAUGUAUCACUGCCACCCACUCUCUGGUUGCUAUCAUUACUAUUAGUGUCAUUGCAGAAAACAAUCUGCAACUAGAAAUAUCUUCUAGACUUUGGUUUCUUUGAAAAUACACAAGACAGCAGCUUUACUUUAGAGCAACAGAUAUAAAAAGCAAAAUGGCCGAGGAUGAAGGAGCUGCUAGUGGUAGUGAAGUUAGUGGUCUAGUUCGUCAAGUUAUUCUUAUUUCUGCCGGUGCUAGCCACUCUGUUGCUCUUCUUUCUGGAAACAUCGUUUGCUCCUGGGGACGAGGAGAGGAUGGGCAGUUAGGCCAUGGGGAUGCUGAGGAUAGACCCACUCCAACUCAAUUGAGUACAUUGGAUGGCCUUGAUAUAAUAUCAAUUACUUGCGGUGCUGAUCAUACAACUGCAUAUUCUGAGUCACGAAUGGAGGUCUAUAGUUGGGGAUGGGGUGAUUUUGGGAGGCUAGGACAUGGAAAUUCUAGUGAUUUGUUCACUCCUCAGCCAAUUAAGGCUUUGCACAGUUUAAAGAUAAGGCAAAUUGCUUGUGGGGAUAGCCAUUGUCUGGCAGUCACCAUUAAUGGUGAGGUGCAAAGUUGGGGGCGGAAUCAAAAUGGUCAACUUGGUCUUGGCACCACCGAGGACUCCCUUGUGCCUCAGAAAAUUCAAGCUUUUCAGGGAGUCUCUAUUAAAAUGGUUGCUGCUGGUGCUGAACAUACUGCAGCUGUCACAGAAGAUGGAGAGCUCUAUGGAUGGGGUUGGGGCCGAUAUGGGAACUUGGGACUAGGUGACAGAAAUGAUCGCCUAGUUCCUGAAAAAGUUUCACUUGUCAAAGGAGACAAGAUGAUAAUGGUUGCAUGUGGGUGGCGGCAUACAAUAUCUGUUUCCUCUUUUGGUGGAUUGUACACUUAUGGAUGGAGCAAAUAUGGUCAACUGGGACAUGGGGACUUUGAGGAUCACCUGACUCCUCACAAGGUGGAAGCCUUGCGGGAUAGUUACAUUUCUCUGAUAUCAGGUGGCUGGAGACACACUAUGGCAUUGACUUCCGAUGGAAACCUUUAUGGCUGGGGAUGGAAUAAGUUUGGACAGGUUGGAGUUGGUGACAACGUUGAUCAUUGCUCUCCUGUGCAAGUUAAAUUUCCACAUGAGCAGAAAGUAGUCCAGAUCUCAUGUGGAUGGAGGCACACGCUUGCUGUUACUGAACGACAAAAUGUAUUUUCUUGGGGAAGAGGCACAAAUGGACAACUUGGUCAUGGAGGGUCUAUGGACCGAUCAACACAUUUAGGACCAUUUUUCAAUUUUUUUGACAAGUGGCGGACCAUUUUCCAUUAUUUUGACAAGCGGGGGACCAUUUUCCUUGAAAGGACAGUAAACAGGAUGUAUUUCUCAAAGUUAUUUGAGGAUGGACCAAUGGACACGUUCUUUCUGCAAUGAUGGAUGCACGUGCAUUUGCAGAUGCAUUUCUCAGUUGAGCCUGAGUAGUUACUUAACUGCAUGGAGCAAAUAAUGUAUGGAGUAUUGAAAACUUAAUUUGUCUGCAAUGAAAUUUACCAAUUGUAUUUAAUUUGGGGCCCUGCUGCCCUGGGCCUAUUUAAAUCAUUUGGCUUACUAACCUGAGAUUAACUAGUUUUUCUCAUCAAUUUCAGUUAAUUCACACUCAAAAAGCUCAUGUUAUGCUCAAUAAUUUUAGCUGAAAUAUGUUUAGUAGAAUAAAAUCUAGCGCGCCAACAUAUUUUGCUCUAUUUUCUGAUGAAAAUCACUAAAUUGUAUUUGUUGGGCUUUCAAAGAAAUCUGCCGAAAAUCAUAGAAGCUCUGAGUGCUGAUGGAUCUGGUGGCCAUCAGAUUGAAGCUUCAACUGUUGAUCCGUCAUUAGG